AUGGUCGCGGUCGUGGACGUGAUUGCAGUUGCCGUCGCCACUUCCACGACUGCGGUCCGACUAUCUCAUCACGGGGCAAGCCGGCCCGGAGGUAAAGAGGGAAGGGCGGGAGGUGGAGGCGGUCGCGUGACAACGGAAGGCGGGCAGCAGCGCCGCCGCGCCGCCCAAUCCGGUGCGGCCGCCUGGGAAUGGAGGCGGGACCAGGCCCUCAACCUGGCUUCCCAUUCACUUCUUGUUCGGGCCCCGCCCCCCGACGUCUCCUGCACUGCGGACCCGCCCCCGCCAACCGGCGGAUCGCGGGCGCUUCCCUCUUCAAGCUCAGCCCUGACUAGCUCCUCCUGCUAUUCGCUUUCACAACAUUCCCCGGAGGCCUCGCCUCCUCAGCCUCGCUUGGCAACCCGGUUCUGGCCGCUAGGCAGGCUCCGCCUUCUCUGCGCUGGACGCAGCCUCCGGCCUGGGCCUCCCAAGAUGCAGCGCGCGGGCGGGAGCAAACAAGCAAUGUCAUCUAAUGAACAAGAAAGGCUCUUCUGUUAUAAUGGAGAAGUCCUUGUUUUUCGUUUGUCUAAAGGAAAUUUUGUAGAUGAAGGGCCUACAAAAACAACUGUGUUACAUGUCCGAAGAAUGGUAUUUGACAGAGGAACAGGAGUAUUUGUUCAGAAAUCCACUGGAUUCUUCAGCAUAAAAGAAGAAUACUCUCAUUUAAGAAUUAUGGGUUGCGACUGUGUUUCAGAUUUCAGAACUGGAAUUAAUCUGCCUUAUAUUAUGAUACAGAGCAUUAAAAAGAGUAACAUUUUCAGAUAUUUUCUACUAUUUCUUCACAGUACCAAUAAAUUUGAAAAGCGUUUGAGUUUUAGCCUACACUGUGAGUUGAAGGACAGCAUAAGGGUCCUUAAUGGCCCUUUAGUUUUAUGGAGACAUGUCCAAACAUUCUUUUAUAUCUCUUCCCAAACUGGCAAAGUUGUUACUAUGUCCAUUAAGUUUUCCUCUAUUGAGUGGGCAGGAGAGAUUGAAAAUGUAGGUAUGGUUUUGUUAGGACGAAAGAGAUGUAACUUAUCUGAGGAAGGAUGUACCCCACAGCCUUCAAAAUCAGAUUAUGCAACUUGGAAUACUCAAUUUUGUGUAUACUCGCUCGAAAGGGAAGAAGUAAUAAGUGAUACAUACAUUAUCCCUCCUGUUUAUACCGGUGUGAUAACAUGUGUGCAUGUCUGUGCAACUGAGAUUGUCAACAACCGGUUAAGAAUGUCGCUGAUUGCUCUUACUCAAAAGAAUCAGCUGAUUUCAUUCCAAGAUGGGACUCCUAAAAGUGUGUGCCAGCUUCCAUUUGGAGAUCCUUGUGCAGUUCAACUUAUGGAUUCAGGUGGAGGAGACCUCCUUUUCGUCAUAUCCUUUAGGGCCAGUGAUGCUUGUGCUGUUUGGGAAAAGAACUUUCAGGUUGCUGCUAAGUGGGAGAAAGUUAGCUCAGUACUGAUAGAUGACUUUCUUGGAACUGGAACUGAACAAGUACUGCUACUUUUUAAGGACCCCUUGAAUUCAGAUUGCCUCAGUUCCUUUAAAAUAACAGACCUGGACAACUUAAACUAUUCAAGUGAAUCAUUGGAUUACAAUGAAGAUGACUUAUUUGACGGCAAAGAGAAUUAUUUGGUGGUUCCACCUCUGGAAAGAAGAUUGAAAGUUGGUUUGGUUUCUGUUCAGGAAUUACAGCAGCAUCUCUUGCUUAAGGAAAAAGUUAUUUCAAAAUCUUACAAGGCUUUAAUGAACCUGUUUCAAGGGAAAGAUGAUAGUACAUCAAGUGCAGAGGAGAAAGAAUGUCUUGCCACUCUUUGUGGUGAAGAAGAAAAUCCUGUCUGUACCUUUGAUGAAAAGUUAUCAGAUAAUUUUCAAGAUUCAGAACAGCUAGUAGAGAAGAUAUGGUAUCGUGUAAUAGAAGAUAGCUUGGUUGUUGGAGUGAAAACCACAUCUUCUUUGAAGGUGUCCCUGAAUCAUGUGACUUUAUCGCUGUCAAUGGAUCAAGCCCCUAACUCCAGCUUUCUGCUCAUUAAGUGUCAAAGUAGGGUGAUCAAGUUGAGUAGGAAAUCUUCCCCAGUACCAGGCUCAGUGCCAUAUGAAAUAGGAUCAGAGGUAAAAAAAAUCAAGUUGAGUGUUGAUAGUGAGGAAGAGGAAGAGAAAGAGGAAAGCGUUGUUUUUGUACAACCAUCUGAGAAAGAGUAUGUGCAGAUGAUUACUGCUGUAACAUCUCUUUCGCCACUUUUAGCAUUCGGUAAUUUUUGUUGCAUUGUGCUGCUACAAAUUAGAGAGAGAGAGAAUGGUAACCGUUCUGCAACUCGUUAUGUUCAGUGUGGCAGAAUUGCUUUAAGUCUAGAAGAUCUUUCAAGUGGGAAAUACCUGCUGACAUUUCCAAAGAAGAAACCUAUAGAACACAUGGAAGAUCUCUUUGCGCUUCUCGCGGCCUGGCAGAGAGCUUGUUUUCAAAUCAUAUCACCCAGCUAUGCUCUGACUUCAAUGAAGGUAUGGCUCUUAGAACACAUGGAAUGUGAAGUUAUCAAAGAAUUUCCAGAAAUUUGCUUUUGCAAAAGGCCAGGAAGCUUCUAUGGGACACUCUUCAACUGGAAACAAAGAACACCAUUUGAAGGGAUUUUAAUAGUCUAUUCCAGGAAUCAAACAGUUUUGUUCCAGUGCCUUCAUAAUCUCAGCAGUGUUCUCCCUAUAAACAGUUUCUUCAAAUAUCUAAAAUUAGGAAGUGAGGAUUUCCUAAUUGGUCAUUUGGGAUUAGCUUUGGAGAAGGAAUUGGUUAUCCUUGGUUCUUUUUCUUCUGCCUUAGUUAAGGUUGAAAGCAACUUGGUGCAGAGUUGUGAAGCAAGCAAAGAAAAGACUAGUGGUGAUGUGGCUGCUUUAUCAGACAUAGAGGAAAGCAUCCAUGCCUACAGAAAAGAACUUCAGAGAGAAAAGAAGCAAAAGUUGGGGAUGAACCUAAAAGUGAGUGGUGCCCUUUACAGAGAAAUGACUUUGAAAUUAGCUGAGGUUCAGCUGAAAUCAGACCUUGCUGCCCAGAAAGUGACUGAUUUAUAAUUACAAUCUCGGCUUGGUUAUAUUUUAGAAUAUUUUUCCCUGCCAGAAUGUUUUGGUCCUACUUGUUUUCAUCUUACAUUAUAUGCCUUCUCUGUAAAAGUAAAGAUUGAGGCUUAGUGUAGAAUCUUGAAGAUGCACAAAAUAGCAUGCCUUAGAGCAGCACUUCUCACCUAGGCUCAUUUUGCCUCCCAGGGGCGUUUGGCUAUGUCUGGAGAUAUUUUUUGGUUGUCAGGAGUAGUGGCAGGUGGGGAGGGCAAGAGAGGGGUGCUAUUCAGAUCUAGUGGGUUGAGGCGAGGGAUGCGGCUAAACUUCCUACACAGCAAAGCACAGCCCCCGACAGGGGAGGGUCCAGCCCAAAUGUGAAUAAUGCCUGGGGUGGAGAAAUCCUGCCUUAGUGUUUCCACUUAAGACAUAGGUGAUGGAACAAUAUUUUGUUCUAAAUUUUCAAAAAACCUUAAGUAGCCCUUUUAUUAUACUCUGCUUAGUAAAACCUAGCAUAUAAAAAUGAGCUUCAGGGCUUCCCUGGUGGCACAGUGGUUGAGAGUCUGACUGCCAAUGCAGGGGACAUGGGUUCGUGCCCCAGUCCGGGAAGAUCCCACAUGCCGUGGAGCGGCUGGGCCCAUGAGCCAUGGCCGCUGAGCCUGCGCGUCCGGAGCCUGUGCUCCGCAACGGGAGAGGCCACAACAGUGAGAGGCCCGCGUACUGCAAAAAAAAAAAAAAAAAAAAGCUUCAAACAGAUACACAAGGUUGUCACGAUUCAGAAGUUUCUGUAAAUAUCAAGCCCCUGUGGAAGUUUAAAUGGCAGAGUGUCUAGGUGAGACCAUUAUGGUGGAAACCCUUAUUAAAUUAAAUUUUCUUAGAAAGCCUCUAUGAAAUUGUGUAAGUCUAUAGGCAUGUGAAAAUUUGGGGGCAUUUCUUUGAAAAGCAUCUCUCUUUCAAAAGGCUAAGCAUACCUCAUAGGCCACUAUUUUUAAAAAAUUGAAAUUGCCUUUAAGCCAUCUGAAAUUCCAACUCUAGGCAAAGCUAAAAUGUAAAAUCCUAACUAAAGUAACUUAAAGAAUAUGGCACUCCUUAGGGACUGAGAAAUUUAAAAAUAAGUGAAAAUUCACUUCAGUUAAGUGAUUUUUUAAGGGGUCCAGUGAGGCAUUUCAAAGGGAUAAAAAUUCAACCUAUUCUCUUUUCUUUUUGGAAAAAAUAAGAAUUCUGAAGUAAUAAGAGAAUGUCAGGAGAAGGAAAAAGACACAAAAGGAUAUGGGCCAAAAGGAAUGUUUCUGAUCCUUUUUGCUCUAAAAUCCAUAAGUGAGAUGGAAGUUUCUGUCUCACUUGAGAGACAUAAAGAUGAUUAUAGAAACCGGCAUUUCACACUUGCAGCAGUGAAGUGCUAAUCCCCCCACCCCAUGCCUCAGAAGUGCUUGUCCCUAAUGAUCUGGUGAUGCAAGUGGGUUUUUGAGAAGCUAGGUUAUUACUGUCUUGUCUCGGUUUUUAUGGUUGUCCAUAUAAUAUGCUACCUCUUUUUUUAGUAAUCCAUUGCAAAUUGAGUUCUAUAGCUCUAUAGCUCGAUUUCUAUGAAAUUUCAAUGAAAAAUAUUUCAGACUUUCUGGAAAUGAAAAUGUGAUAAUUUCAGGAUUAAUUGUGGAAGUCAGAAAGCAAUGUGUGUCAGUAGGUGUAGUGAAACUUCCCAUGACAUGUUCUGAAAGGACAACCAGGUAGAAAAUAUAGGAACUAAAUUGUAAAAUGGAGGCUGUCAAAAAACUAAACAGAAUUUGAUUGUAAUAGUUUAUCUAUAGAAAAGCUAGGAUAGUAAAAAAAAAAUAGCAUAUUGCUUAUUUUUUAUUUAUAAAAGCAAACAAAAGGUGUUAAUCUGUAUGUACCAAAUAACCUCUUUACAAGUGAGCUUUGUACUCCAGUAUAAUUUGUUUUUCUUUUUCUUCUUUUUCUUUUUUCACACACACACACACACACACACACACACAGUAUUUUAUUUUUACAAGAGAUAAAUAAACUGACAACAAGCAUUGUAAAUGGAUGACUACAACAAAAGCAACAAUGAUUGCAAUUACCAAACACACUCAUACUAUGUCAUAAUAUUGACAUUCAGUCCAGUAAUCCUCCACUGUAACAGCUCCUUUACUUU